AUGACGGGCAAAUCUGUGAAAGACGUUGACAGGUACCAGGCGGUCCUCAACUCUUUACUCGCGCUGGAGGAGAACAAAUACUGCGCCGACUGCGAAUCUAAAGGUCCAAGAUGGGCAUCCUGGAAUUUGGGCAUCUUCAUUUGUAUCCGUUGCGCAGGCAUUCAUCGAAACCUGGGGGUCCACAUUUCCAAGGUCAAGUCCGUCAACCUGGAUCAGUGGACACAGGAGCAGGUCCAGUGUGUUCAAGAGAUGGGAAACGCCAAGGCCAGACGUCUCUACGAGGCUUUCUUACCCGAAUGCUUCCAAAGGCCCGAGACAGACCAGGUUGCAGAGAUCUUCAUCAGGGACAAAUACGACAAGAAGAAGUACAUGGACAAGGUCAUCGACAUCCAAAUGCUCAGGAAAGAAAAGAGCUGUGACAACAUCCCCAAGGAGCCUGUAAUAUUUGAGAAGAUGAAAUUGAAAAAAGAAGCCAGCCCGAAGACAGAUUCCCAGAUCGUCACAGACCUGCUUGGACUAGAUGCUCCUGCUGCAGGUCCUGCGGUGUCUAAUGGUGGAGGAUGCGUCCCAGACAGUAAUGAGAGCCCAAAGGUGUCUAAUCCAGCUCUGGCACACUCUGCCCUGGAUCCCUUCAGCUCCCUGCCCUCCUCUUCUUCUGCUUCCUUCUCUAAACCCACGCCUGUUUCCAACUGCAUGCCUCAGAGCCGAGUGACCGCCUCAGUGCCUGAAAACCUCAGCUUCUUUCUGGAUCCCAAACCCAAAGCGGGGGAAGGCCCCGUCAAGAAACUGUCCAAGGACUCUAUUCUUUCCUUGUACGCCUCCACGCCCUCAGUGCAUGCCAGCAGUAUGGCCACACACGGUGAGACCGACACAGAUUUCUCCCAGACGUCAUUGGAAGGGUUUUCACCCGAUGGUGGACCUCUUCAAAGCCUGUACAUGAACCAGAUGGGCUACCCAACACAUCCGUAUGGGUCGUACCACUCGUUAGCCCAGCUGGGGGGCAUGGGAGGGGCAAUGAUGACGUCCCAGAUGCCCCUGAUGGGGCAGCAGCAGAGCAGCAUGAUGGCUGUUCCUCAGGGCUGCGUGCUGGGGGCUCAGGGCGCCGCCGCGGCGCAUCCCGCCGGCGCCGUCGCGGCGCCACCGUACGUGUCGGGGAUGGCCCAGGGCGUCACGGCGGCGGCAGCAGCAGCGCUACCCCACCAGCAGGUUUACGGGGCGCAGCAGAACCAGUGGGGCGUGGCACAGGCGACUCAGCACAUGGCCGGCAUGAACCUGUACAACACCAACGCCAUGACGGGAUACGGCGGCCAGCCCACCGGAGGUCCGGCCAGCCAAAGCUCAGCACACAUGACAGCUCACGUCUGGAAGUGA